CGGCGCCGCGGAGCCAUGGCCCUGCAGCCGCCGGCCCCCGCCCUCAGGGCGGGCUCGGCCCCGGCGCUGUACAUCCACAGCAUGCCCGCCUGGGUGCUGGAGGACUUCUGCCAGAAGAUGGACUGCUUGAGCGACUACGACUGGAUGCGGUUCGCCUCCUAUGUGAUCACUGAUCAGACAGAGCUACGGAAAAUCAAGUGCAUGGAGAAGACAGGGAUUAGCAUCACGAGGGAGCUCAUGUGGUGGUGGGGAGUGAGGCUGGCAACAGUGCAGCAGCUCCUGGACCUGCUGCAAGGGCUGCAGCUUUACCGAGCGGCUCAGGUCAUCCUGGACUGGAUACCGGCCUCUAACAUCACCAGCCCUGAGAAAGAAGAGCCAGAGAUACCCAAACAGAUCCUCUCUGUACUUUCCACAGAAGGCAAAAGGAGAGAGAAAGAAAAUGCCAUAAGUUUGUUGCCGUCCCCAGACUCCUCACAGCUGGGAGCAGUCCCAGCAGGCAUUUCAGCUGCUGUUUCUGAAGGAGCCUUGUAUUCCCUCCCUGCUCCACCACCUCCCCCAAGAGACCUUUUGAAUUCCCUACAGUCCAAUUCUCCUGUUUUAUCGAGCGUGAAGCCUUGCAGCUCUUCUACUCCUCGGCAGGAGACAAUGGCUGAUCUCCCCAGCGGGAGUCUCCUGUGGACCCAGAGGGAAAUUGCUAAUGCCACAAACAGUUUCAGUGACAAGAACAGAAUCUGUGAAGGUACUUUUGCAGACAUCUACAAAGGUCAGAGGAACAACAUGGUGUUUGUCAUCAAACGACUCAAAGAGCUGGAAUGCACAAGUCCAAGUUCCACCCAGAGGUUCUUUCAUACAGAAGUGCAGAUUUGUUUUCGGUGUUGUCACAUAAACAUUCUGCAGCUGCUGGGGUUCUCAGUGGAAACUGGAUUGCACUGUCUGAUAUAUCCAUACUUGCCCAAUGGGUCCCUGCAAAACAAGCUUCAGUGCCACGAUGAUUCUGCUCCACUCACCUGGGAGAUGCGAAUUAGCAUUUCUAUAGGAGUUGUCAGAGCAGUGGAGUAUUUGCAUAAUUUUGGAAUUCUUCAUGGGAAUAUCAAGAGCUCAAAUGUCUUGUUGGAUGAAAACUUCACACCAAAGCUUGGGCAUUCUGGCCUACGUUUGCAUUCUUCUGAAAAAAAAUCAGAAUAUGCCAUGAUGAAAACCAAAGUCCUCCAGGCUUCUCUUACUUACCUGCCAGAAGAUUUUGUCAGACAUGGGCAGUUAACAGAAAAAGUGGAUAUAUUCAGCUGUGGUGUGGUCUUAGCAGAGAUACUGACUGGGAUUAAGGCACUGGAUGAAGACAGACACCCGAUUUACCUGAAAGAUAUGAUUGCCGACGAAAUUCAAGCAGCAAAAGAAAGCUCACGCUCCAAAGUUAACAAUUUGGAAAAACUGGCUGCCAAGGAAAUCUGCUGCAAAUACCUAGACAGAAAAGCAGGGCACUUGCUGGAGGAGGUGGCUCUUGAUUUUGCAUCAGCCAUCUGCCUUUGCCUGAAAAAGAAGAAUUCUAACAUAGCAGAGGUACUUGAAAUUAUGGAAAUGGCUGAAAACAAACUAAAAGAGCAUUACAUCUGUGGAAACAGCACUUCUGGAUUCUCCAUGAACACUCCAGAAGAAACUGAUGAUGAGACAGCCAGUCUGAGUGUGGAUGUGCCCUCUGCAGUGGGGAAUAAAGAGGAGAGCGCCCCGGCAGCAAUCCUGAGCAGUGGCAGCCCCUGUGUGCCUGUUGUGGGAGCUGGCGAUCCCAACACGUAUGGCAUCUACAUGUCACGGGUCCCUUGUGAAUCAGAUGAGUCCAGCAGUUUCACAUGGAACCCUCCAGAAAAGGGUAACUCCACCGAGGAGUUACCUAGCCACAGCUGUACCAAUGCAGAGAAAGUGUCAGCCUGUAAUGACAGGAUGAAGCAGGGAAAGCCUGCCCAUGGACUGCAGGAGGGAAGCCUGGCGUGUGCCACAGGCGAUGGCAUCCUGGAGGCAGCGGCUGCUGCACAGGACACCUUUCCACAGGAGAACACAGACCUGGACUCUUCGUCUGCUCCACAAGACAUAGCUGGAGAGACAUCUUGGAAAAUACAGAUAAAUGAUCAAAAAAAGAAGCUCAUGGAAAAUAUUUUGCUGUAUGAAGAAAACAAGUUAAACAGUUCUGAACUUUUUGAAUCAUAAAUUGGAUGGAUUUAUUAGCAGUGGCCAGCUCAGAAGAACUAAAGACUGUCUCCUCAUUAGAAAGAUGGUGAAAGUGUACCUUGCACAUAAGAUUAGGUAGCAGAUUUGGAUCAGGAACAUUAGCCCUGAGUGAAGGAAACAAGAAGUGCAACAUGGAGAAGCACCAGAAGAUACCUGUUGUGUAAGAGAUUAAAGCACAGUCCCACUCUGUACACAGAAAUGCCUUCUGCCUUUUCAUCUGCAAUGUGAAAAGGAAUGGCAAACACAAGUGCCAAAAUAAUUUCCCGUUCAUUUGCAGCGUGUUUCAGGAAGCAUCUGUUGAUCUCAUUAAACCUCAGCCCCAGGAGUUACAGAGCAAACCCUGACCCUUGGCCAGGCAGCAAUAGCAAUAGUCUGUAUUGUUUUCCCCCUCCCAUCCAGCAGACAGGGAUCCUCAGAGUCACUGGGGAGGUUUUCCAGUGACUCUCCUAUUCCAUGUAAUCUUAGUCCACGUACUCGGGACCACUGCAUUACCAGAGAGGGAUUUUUUAUGCAAGUUCUCAGAAUGUUGUACAUGGCUUCAUCUCGGUUUGAACUGCACUGACCACAGGUGUAAGUAGAUCACUUCAGCCACUUUCCCCUACCCUCUGAGCUUCUCUCCCAUAUACACAUGUGACACCACCCAAGUCCAACCUUUCAGUUCACUGUUGGGAGCUCUAAGAUUGUGUUUAAUACUUCAUAGGAGUAUUUUUGGGAAUUAUUUUUUUUCUAAGUGUCCUUUACAUGGUAUUGUUUCUCACUGUGUUUCACAUGGAAACUUGUAUAUUUUGGAUUAGGGAAAAUAUUUUAAUUUAAAAUAGCUUUGUAGGACACUUGAAACAUAAUUUGUUGUAUUUAUUUUGGCAAUGGGUCAAAUAUAAGCUAAUAAGGGGACUUGAUGAUCCCACACUCAGCAGGCAUUCUCCGAGAAAUCCUUCUGGGUGUCCCUUGGUUUAUCCAGCAGUAGGAGCCUUGGUCUCAGGCCCAGGAAUCACAUGCAACAGAAAAAAACAAAAAACCUUGUAUGCUGGUGUAUUUAUGAUCAAGUAAAGCCCCCUUAAGAAAGUAUCACUUCUGGUUUUUUUAUAUUUAUUUGUACUAUUGCUAGCAUAUUCCACUUGUGUGCAGUCUAGGGAAAAACAGGUUUAUCGUCAGAGAUCAGAGUAUGUAGCUCAGUUUACAAAUAGGUGAGCUGCCUCCUGAGCAAAGCCAACAGGGCCUGAUGUGCAGAAAUGGCUGCAUGUUGCAGUGCAGUUCAGGGAACAAAAAUAAAAUUAAUUUUAUACAAUUAUUUUCAGUGGAAUUGUGUGCUAGUAUAUACUCCUAGCUUUAGACAAAGGUCUCACACCUAUUUUUGUAGAGUACCUAGUUCAUUGUUUGUAUUAUUACUAGUAAGUAAAAGUUUCUCAAGUUAUUCUCUACACUAAAAACUGGUAAAGUUCCUUAAUUAUAAGUGCCUUGGAUACUGUCUUUGUAUUUAUUAGUGUCAGUUUUUAUUUUUUCACCAGAAUAAAAUCAAGAUAAGAUUAGUACUGACAUAAGAAACAUUGUAUACUCAGAUUGGUCAAUAACUGCUUAAUUCUACAGGAGAUUUAAUCGAGAUAACUUUAUGGCGCUGAAAAGGUAAUCUUCAUUGUUUUUCACGAGUAUGUUCUGGGAUACCCAUGGUAAAAUCCUCAUGUCUUUUCCAGAGAGGAAUGCACAUGGUUACACUGCAGAGCUGAAUGGGAAACCCGAGACUUUUAAACUGAGAAAUGUAGUUUGUGCACAAUUCUGCUUUAUGAAAGUGCUUUAGAGAUUUUGUUCUCCUGUAGUCACCAAAUUAAUUGUUAUUCUUUGUCUUGUACCCUGACAAUUUUAAAAUAUUCUGAGGUGAUUUGGGUA